AUGGAUCUUCCUGGUAAACUUAUUAUCAAAGCUCAACUUGGGUAUGAUCUGCGACGGAUCCAAAUACUUAAUGAGGAAAUCACUUAUGAUGAGCUUAUUUUGAUGAUGCAUCGUGUUUUCAAACAAUAUAUAUCAAAGGAAGAUGAAUUAAUAAUAAAAUAUAAAGACGAAGAUGGAGAUUUUAUAACCAUCGGGGAUGAGUCCGACCUCUCACUUGCCAUACAGUCAAGCAGGGUGUUACGAAUUAAAAUCUUCGUUGUAAACAAACCUGAAAUAUUACAAUAUACUGCUCCAUUUAAAAACAGAAAAAAUGAUGAAACUAAAAUAUCCGAGCCAGAUGAUACGUUUUCACUAACUUAUGAACUUCAACGGCUUGGUGUUCACAUCUUGAACGUUGCUGAUCGUAUUCAAAAGACAUAUUCUACCAAUGGUUCUACGAGUAUAACUGUCACUGACAGAAGUCGACUUGAAAUAGCAAACAAAACAGACUCAAUACACAAUCCGGAGAGUAACAAGGAAUUCGAUCCGUUAUCUAAUAUUCGAUCUACAGAUGUUACAAUCACUUCUUUGGAUCCACCCACCCACCUGUCAUCAGUCAGCAGUUCGGAUGACAUUUCGAAAUCAAAAUCUUGUGAAAAUUACAUGGUUUCCAGACCAACUCUUUCGACAGCCGGGCUGUUAGAUGACGAGAGGCUAAAUUUGUCUAAAAAAUCUGCUGAUCACGAUUCAAUUGAACCACAAGCACCAUCUGAGAAGAGGCUUGAUAUGGUAAUUGGACAAGUGUCUUCCACAUUUAGUCAUUCUAAUGCAGAAGCGGUCUCAGCAUUAUCUAACAGCAGUUCUACACUUUCCAAUAUGCUGCCGCAAUCUCAGGGUCAAUUAUUGCCACCAAGCAGUCAGACAAUGUCAUCAUCUCAGCGACAGCCGUUGGGGCAACAAAACUAUCCUUCUACCCAAUCUCAUGUGCAACCUUCAGUGCCUAUAACCUCUCAAAACUCAGCCCAACCUAUAAGUCUUGGCAAUGAUACUCCUAGAAUGCAAGUGAUGCCUAACACAUCAAAUCCGAUGUUGCAACAGCAGAGCGCGCAGUCUUUUAGGGCUCCCAGUUCGGCAAACAUGCCACCAAAUAUAGGUCCUUACGCUCGGCAAGCUGGAACUCUACCGAACACCAGUCGACCCAUGGGUAUGCAUAUCACCCCUCCACAUCCAUCAUCUAACAUAUUUACACCCGUACUUCCACCGUGCGAUCCUUUAGUAGGAUUAGGGACACAGCGACCGGUAAUGCAAUCUCUUUCAGGUUCUCCUAGGAACUCUACGAUACAAGGUACAUUGCAGUCCACACCCAUGAUUCAGCAUGGUAUAUCAUAUCCACCUAUGUACCCUCCCCCCACUCAAAAUACGAAUCCUUCGACAGGUCCUCCAAUUCCAAAUAAUCUUGUAUCGGGUUCUUAUAACUCAAUGCACACAAGUACUGCAGCUGUUACAUCACCAAAUAAUGUCUUAUCUAAAGCAAGUCCGGCUGCAAAUGAGGCUCAGUAUUACACUUCAUCCUAUCCCAAUUAUUAA